AUGGCGGAAAUGGAACGCCUGGGAAAUACACGAGAAGUCGACGUUCUAGAUCCUCCUGUUAUCACUAAGGACAUGGCAAGGAGGUGGGUCGAAUCUUAUUACAAUGUCUACCAGUUCGAGGGAUUUCGAGUUCCUCUUGACAAGAGCUUCGUCAUGUCUAUCCCUGACCUGUUGGAAAUACCUCACGUCCACCUGGACAGUACAUCGAGGAUUAUUUACUACAAUAUCCUCCUUCAAGGCAUUCUGUUAGAUUCGGAAUACCUUCCUGGAAGAGGUAAAAUCAUACAACAUCUUUACCGGAGUUGUAUGAUGUUGGUGGAUGACUGGCUAUGUCACAUCGACAACACUCUCCCGGACAUGUUUGCAGCUUUUGUCAUGCUAUCGAUGACACUCGAGGGCUGUAAUAGCGAAAUGGCUUGGAAAAUCUUCGGCUAUGCCUGUGAUAUUGCUCGGGCUCUAGGAUUUUUCUCCGUCGAUGAACAAUCGGACGGACACGAUUCACAGUCUGAGCUACACAGUGAUAGUGAAAGUGAGGUGGAGAAGAAUCGAAAGCGGUUCGAAUUUUGGCACCUUCUAAGGAUGGAUUGCCUGUUUCGUCUAUCCUUUGGUAAACCGGCCCUCAUCCCCGGUGGGUCAUGGACAGUAAACUUCCCUGAUCCUACCAUUACCGGUAUUGAUGACGCGUCUACUCGCUUUAUUCAGAUCCAUUUCCUAGCGUCGAUGCGUCUUACACUAACUCUAUUAAAAUAUUUGGACUUGGUGGACGCUGGAAUGCAUCAGGAUACGGAUGUAUAUGAUCAGGUGCUCGAUGGCCUCAUUGCAGAAGUGCAAACUAUCAUGUCAGACUGGAACGCGGAGGAACUUGUCAGCGCCGCCACUAAUCAUGUUGAUACUUGGUUCAGUGUGGACAUCCUAUUCAGUAGCUACAAGAUGCUCAUCGUCUUCACACAAUCCAAGAGAUGCAACCAGAACAGUCAGUUUCUGCCAAGGCAUACUGUAGAGGUUGCCAGGAAGUCUUUAAGAAUAUUUCAAUCUUUGAUGAAUGCGGAACUGCACGCGUACUGGGGUAUUAGUCUCAUACUACUGCAUCAAUUUGUCCCAUUCUUUAUCCUCUGCGCGGAUAUUAUCGGAUCCCAUAGAUACAACGAGCUCGAGGAUGAUUUCGUCCUAGUGUCCUGGCUUAACGACUUUGUGGACAAGGCAGCGGAGGAACGACCCGAGCUACGACCAAUCGCCGCUAUAGCAAAUGCGAUGGCCAUAGCGUGUCAACAAGUGCAAUUCCCCGCUAGCUGA